AUGGCUGAAAGCCGCGAGGCCAAGCGAGUGAGACAAGCUUGUCAGAACUGCCGGCGCAAGAAGACACGAUGCUCUGGCGAGAAGCCAGUGUGCUCUUUCUGUGCUCGACUGAAGCAGGAUUGCCUCUGGGAUGAAGUCUCCACGGCCGCGUUAUACACAAGUAACGUCAAUCUCGCCGCAAGAGUCGCGCUGCUCGAGUCAAAACUGAGCCUGCUCAACAGUGAUGGCAAUGACGGGCUCCCUCCACUCAUUGGUGAUGGCUACGCACCAUCCAAAAAGCGGCGGACGUCAGCACAGGAGGGUUCCGUCUCUCCAGAAGAGAAUUCAGACAACAGCCAACGCUCACAAAGUCGGACGCCCGAGGCUGCUGCGAGGAAGUUUAUUCAGUUGCCUCCAGAACCGGUCCUCCAUGCAAUCCUACACACUUUUUUUGCCCGCUGUCACAAGCAGCCGUACGCCUAUUUCCGCCCGGAGUAUUUCUACUGGAAACUGGACAGCGGUGAAAUACCAGAGUACCUCCUGUUGGCCAUGACUGCCUUGGCCGCGCGCUUCUCAACAGAUCCCUUCUUCGAGGGUCGGCCAGGAGAAGUCGUGGACAGGUAUACACGCACCGCGUGGAGUGAAAUCUUUGAAAAGUCCUUCUCCGAAGACUAUGUGCUAGACAUUCACGCGGUGCAAGCCACUCACAUGCUAGCGAUCGUAGACUUUACCGCUGGUCGGGCCAAGCUCGGAUGGCAGAAGGUUGGUCUAGCCGUGCGUUUCGCACAGAGUCUGGAACUGGGCUCAGGAAUACCCACUCACUUUACGCCUGAGCAACAGGAGGAGCAGCGGCUGACCUUCUGGUCCAUGUACCUCCUGGACCGCCUCGUGUCAUGCGGCACCAGUCGCCCGCCAACCAUCUCUGACAUUGACUGUGCAAUUCCUCUCGCGUCCGACAUCACGCCACCCAACGAAACCGAGUCUUCAACCGUGCCGGACUUGAGGGCGUUGUUCGAAAUUUCUGGGUGUGGCGCCAACCAAAGUAUGGAUCUCUUCGCUCAGACUAUCCUCAUGGCUUCCGUUUUGGGUCGAAUCGAGCGACAUUCGUUACAGCAUCAAAGCUCCAAAGAUCGAUUUCCUCCCUGGGAUUCUCGCAGUGAUUUUGCCGCCAUAUACAGCAUGCUGCUCAACUUUGAAGCACAGUCUGAAAUCACCACGGUAUCCUUGUCCAGCACCAUUGGCCGCCACAUUGGCCCAGAUGGGCUGCAUGAUCAUGCAGCUGCGGGCCACCUCGCUUUCUCAACCAUACUGUAUCACAUGAACCAGUGCCUGCUACAUCACCCGUUUCUACUUCGCAAACGGCUAGACUCUUGCCCGGGGAAACACUCUCCAAGCUUCUUGCGGGAAGCCCGACGCCGAAGCCUGGAGCAUGCCUACCAGCUGACCGGCGCACUUCGCGCCGUCCAGAACCAGGGGUUCAACCUGAGUAGCUUCUAUGCUUACGCUAUGAUAGUGGCCGGGUCGAUACACAGGCUUUUCAUGCACCAUGAUGACGAAUGGACUCGAAGGACGGCACGGCAGCUGUUCGACUAUUCGCUCGGAUUCCUGGAUAGUGGAAAUGGCGUCUGGGAGCAUUAUGCCCGUAUAGCCACCGCGCUCAGAAGCUUUCGGCCGAAUCCUUCAUCGGCACGGGCUCUGGUAACCACGCCGCCCAAUGAGCAACACUCACAUGAUCCAGAUCUAGAUGUCAUCUGGAAUCUGCUUGAUUAUGGGUGGCUUUCAGAUGCUGCAAGGCCGGUGGCAGGGAACGAUGCGCCACCGCUUCGACGGCCAACUGUCACAGGCGAGGAGGUCCCAAAGUUGCACCAGACGCCAGCGACGGCCCCUACCAGCGACACGGCGUAUUCGGCAUUUGAGGAUUUUGACCUGAACAAGCCCUUCUCCAUUCACGAUGAAGUGGCUAUGGAUUUCAUGACCUAUCCAGACGGGACUGUUGAUUCAUGGCCGGAUGUCCUUCACCAAGGCGACGUCUUUUUAUCGACCGACUUUGGAAUUUCCUCGCCAUGGAACCCUCGUGCUGCCGGAUAA